AUGAACGAAAGUGGUAUUCAAAUAAACAACAAACCUGAUAGAGUUAUAGCCCACAAAGGCAGCAGAGCUUUUCACGUGCUAACUUCGAAAGAAAGAGGAGAGAAUGUGUCCAUAAUUGCUUGUGCGAACGCCGAGGGAACAUUUUUACCACCUGUACUUAUUUUGAAAGGAGUUCGAAAAAAUCAAGCCAUUUUGCAAGGAAUGCCAACGGGUUCAGAUUUAUAUAUGAAUAAAAAAUCUUCAUUCAUAAACUCUGAACUUUUUUUAAAAUGGAUGAAAGAAGUCUUUUCUCCCAGGAAACCUAAUGGGCCCGUAAUCCUGAUAUUUGACGGUCAUAGUUCUCAUUGUAAUAAUUUUGAAACUUUGGAAUAUGCAGAAACCAACAACAUAAUACUUUUGUGCCUGCCUAGUCAUACUACCCAGGCAGUACAACCGUUGGAUAGGUCAUUGUUCAAUCCCCUGAAGUCGGCUUAUAAAUUGGAGGCGGAUUCUUACAUGUUUCAAAGCCAGGACAAAACUAUUAACAGAAAUGUUAUAGGAAAACCGAUUGGUGCUGCCUGGAACAAAGCAGCUACCAUUUCAAAUGCCACUUCUGGAUUUACUGCAUGCGGAAUAUAG